AUGUGGCAGGACCCCGGCGGCUGUCCCGCCUGUGGCACUGGGCUUCUUUCCCCUGACCUCAGGCCUGAAAAAUCUCUCUUCCACUCUCUUGCAGCGAGCCAGGUUCCCAGCACAGCUGGCAUCCUGAGGCGCAGCAGGAGGAGGAAGAGUGUCACCAUUGCCUACGAAUCUGGGCAGGGGGAUGGUGCUGAGCAAGGGGCGACUGAGCCCCAGAGACCGCGCUGGGAGCCAAGGGACUGGCAGCAGCAGCUGGAGCGCAUCCGGGAAAUGAGGAGGAACAGAGAUGCUCCCGUCGAUGAGAUGGGAGUGGAGAAGUGUUACGACAGCAGCGCACCUCCACAGGUUAUGCGCUACCAAGUUCUGCUGUCACUGAUGCUCUCCAGCCAGACCAAGGACCAGGUGACAUCAGCUGCCAUGCUGCGCCUGAGGGAGCAUGGCCUCACAGUCGACAGUAUUUUGCAGAUGGAUGAUGCAACACUUGGGCAGAUCAUUUACCCGGUAGGAUUCUGGAGGAACAAGGUGAAGUACAUAAAGCAGACGACAGCCAUUCUGAAGCAGAAAUAUGGGGGUGACAUACCACGAACUGUGGAGGAGCUGGUGCAGCUGCCAGGAGUUGGGCCCAAAAUGGCCUACUUGGCCAUGAACAUUGCCUGGGACAGUGUGUCUGGGAUAGCUGUGGACACCCAUGUGCACAGGAUCACAAACAGGCUCAAGUGGGUGAAGAAGGAGACCAGAUACCCUGAGGAAACUCGGGUAGCGCUAGAGGACUGGCUGCCCAGGGAUCUCUGGAGGGAGAUAAACUGGCUCUUGGUAGGCUUUGGUCAGCAGACCUGCCUGCCUGUGAAUCCUCGCUGCAAUGAGUGCCUCAAUCAAGACAUUUGCCCAGCUGCUAAGAGACCCUGAGGGAUCAUCCGGUCUUCGCAGAGCAACAAAGCUACUUCAGCUCAGCAGCAGCCCGGAGCUGAGCCCUAGUAAAGCUGUGCUUUGCACGGGGCUGGCUGUGUGACUGCAGGGAAACAGGAGACUGCUGCAGCCAGCUCAGCAUCUCUGGGGAGGGAGCAGCCGCUGGCAAUGGCUGAGCUCUCGAGAGGAAAAAGGGUCUUUCAAAGUGCAGCAGUCCCGCUGCGUCAGUGCUAAAGGCUCCAGCCCCCGUAUGAAUGCCUGAGCAUGCCCCAGCAGAGCAGCAGGCUGUGCCGCGUCAGGAGUAGCUGGAGAGAAAUGCUUUGUCCUAGGGGACUUGCUGCUGCUUGUAAAUACACAUUUAAUAAAGGUGGUGGGGUUUUUUUCCACCUAUGAGUUUUGCUGGCAUCUGUGCAACACGGGGCAGGGGGAGGAGAGCACGGGUGACCUCACUAAAGUGUAAGACCAUAGCAGCCAGUCCUGCCAGCUGAGAAGAGGCAGCGCACAACCUGCCAAGCUGCCUGCUUAGCCCAGACAGUGAGGAGCACUGCAAUGAAUAAGGUACAACUGCAGACCUCAUGAGCCAGGAUCAGAGGAGGAUGCCGCCUGGACAAGUGACCUCUGGAUCCUGGUGGCAGAAGAGCAGGGGGUAAUGCAGAGGAGGGGGGGUUGGGGGGGCAGGAGACCAGCCAGCACUGCACUCAGUUCUGUGUGUGCCAGCAAGGGUUCUAGUGGCCAUGGGAGCCAGGCUAGUGUGUGCCUCAGAAGCUGACAGAAGGGACACCACCACUGUCUGUGUUUUGUUCUUCAAAGAAAGGGCAGUGCUGACUUCAUUGUAGAGCUUCAAAGGAAUAAUUUCAGCUACUCUUUAAACAGGCAAGGGAGGAAGCAAAGUUUAUAAUGUGCUAAAGAAGGCUGUAAUUCCGCUCUGAAGUUCCCUACCAAACAGAUGAGGAACGAGCAAAUAAGUACUCAGUACAUGGGAAAACGAAGUUUAUUACUGACGUUACAGUGUACAUUAUGUUUUUACAAUGCAGCUGACAGCCUUAUACUUUAUUGAUUUUUUUCCAAGUUAAAUGUACAGGAACUGAAUAAUUACUACUGAGCUACAAGAUGUCAGAAAUACAGCAAGUGCUUUAACCAGGAGCAGUUUCCACGGACUAAGCAGAGAUUAAGAUUUUAAAAUCUUAUCAGUACAGAUUUGCACACCUGAUUUCUUUUGAUCUGCAUUCAAAACUACAUUUUCUUUUUUCUUCCCCCCUCAACUACAGUGGUCCAGUCUUGUACAAGAAAUGCGGUAUUCACAAACAGGUCUUUGCUCUCUGACAUGCAUCGGAGAGCGUGACAUUUAGGUCAGUGUAAUGGGGAACACUUUGCCCUGUGCAGACCAGGGCACUGCUUGGGGUUUGGCUACGCAGGCACGGGAAGCAAUGUGCAUACCAUGAAAAAGAAGGGCUCCUUCAAAAGAUUACCGAUUUAUAGAAGCAAAUAUUUGGAGGGCCAAAAAGAGAGCAGGUAAUUGUCUUUGAAGUGGGGUAGGGAAGAGGCGUCUUGUUAAUAGCAGAGUCCUGGAGGGGAGGCAAACCUCUCCGCAUCCUGAGCCAUCAUCCUGCUGCCAGUCUCAUUACCAAUAGCCAAACACCUGCACCAGUUCCUCUCCAAAGUCAUUAUUUUCAACCUGUUCAGCCCAUCAACAUUCCUAAAAGAUAACUUCUGUACAAGAGAACUCAUCUCCUUCACCCCUGAGGCUCUCCAUGCUCUCCUGCCAGCCAGCUAACAGCCAUGGGCAUCAGCUGCUCCCCACGGUGAAGCCCUAUGUCCUGGCUCCGCUGCCGCGGUCCCCCUGCCCCGCACCGACUCAGCGCUGUGCUGAGCCCCAACCCACUGCAGAGGAGAGCAGUAAAUGUUAUAAGGCACCUUUUAGCUCAAUACUUGGGAAAUACACAGAGCCGUUACGAUAUCCGUAGCGCACUGACUAACCCAAAGGCCACGGGCUUGGAACACAGCAGUGCUGGAGUAAUGCAGAGCAAAAUCACAGCCGUGUGUUUUAAAACGGUCAUCGAUGUCCAAGUGAUUGCUGCCAUUUGCUUUUACCUGGGGAAAGCGGUUUUGUACUCGACUGUCCUGCUGUGCCCAGUCCCUUCCCACUGCUCCCUUGGCAUUUGAGCUGAAAUACUGGGCAGCCGCUGUGGCUGGGCUCGGGGAGCUGCUGGAGCGUGGGAAGGAAGGAACCGGCCCCAUCACAGCCAGGACCCUGCCCUGGUAAAACACCUCUGUCUGCAACCUCCGAGAGUGCUGUAGUUCAGACUAGUCAUUUUCCCUCGUUUACAGCCAAAGGCAAGUAAUAAAGAGCUUAAAUGGGCUUAAUUUGUAAUGCUUUAAAGGUACAUUUUUGACGCUGUAAUACCAAAAGCAGGGUGUUUUCAAAGGAGGCCAUAAGCAACCGCCCACUCCAUCACACCACCGCCUGCUUCGGAGCCAGCCCCACGGAGACCCCACGGCUUCGAGAGUGCCCUACUGACAGCGAGACCGAGACUCAGUUACGCAUCAAACACCAGCCCAGAAGUAACAAACCAGGUGGGACCCGGACCCUGCUCCGGGACCCAGCGCCCAGGCACGGCCACAGCUGAGCCCCACUUCCCCAGCACCAAGCCCGCAGCUAGAGCCACAUCCCCGCGUUCCUCCCUGGAAACAGAUGCUGGGUCGUGCUGGCUUUCAAGUCUGUCCAAAGAGUUUUUGUAGCAUCUCGUGGCUCUUGUCUUCUCGCAAGGCUGCCGGAGCCGGGCCGGCAGCACCGCUCCUCGCACCGCGGGGCAGGACUGGCCCCGCUCCCUGCCUUCCCCUGCUGCUCGGUGCUGCAUCGACGGCUGCAAACGGUGAGGCCUGUGGCGUUUAGGCUGUUGGGUUUGGGUUUUGUUUUUAAAUCCCGCCCUCUCCCCUCUGCAGAGCUGUCGGGGAUGAAAAAGGGGCUUUUAUUGCCAGGGCAGAAGUCACUGGUGGGGAGGGAGGUUCCUAAACUAACUGGAAACAUAUGGGACUUCAUUAAAAAAAAAAAAAAACCAACAACAAAACAAAUGUUUUCUUUUCAAUAGCAAAGCCACCAAGAGCGAUUUACAGCCACUGUCCGUUUUCCCAUCCUGUGAGUAGUUAACGCUGAAGAUGGGGUGCUGGGGAGGGGGUGCCAGGUAUACCCCACCCUGCAGGCCCCCACCACGGCGGGGGCACGAGGCCGUAAGACGUUUGCACAGGGGCACAGAGCAUCCCAUGGGGCUCAGCCUGGGACACCAGCAAAACCAAAACAAACACUCCAAAUUAAAAAAAAAAAAAAAAA